AUGACGCGCAUUUACCUUCUAAUCUUCUGUUACAUUUCUAAUCCUGCACUAAGCGAACCGUCUUCGCAGACGCGAGCUUCUUUCCGUAGAGCUACGUGGCUGAUGCAGGACGAUAAGUUUACCAAGGAUGAAGUGAUGUCUCGAGUUAUCCAGCUGGAGAGCUACAAGUCAUACUUCCCGGUGAACAGUAGAGCAGAGAUGUACUAUAGAGCUCGACCGGGCAAGCUCAUUCAGUGUGUAAUUGCCGCGUCUGUCCACGGGCAAGGCCACGUGAGCGUCGUGGAGGGCGGCUACAGAACCAACAAGGUUCGGAUUAAUUACCCGAUGGAAAGCGGCAAAGCAGACGUCUUUUACGUUUUUAUACAGACCAUGAAGAAGGAAGCGAUGUUCGUUAAUGAGAACUCGAGAUUAGGCAUCGUUUACGGACUCAUGAGGAGUUGGACCCUCGCGGAGAUACAGGAUUACUUUCGCAACAAUUCCGAUAUUUUUCCAUCGUAA